GCAGAGCUACAAGAAGCUGCUUCUGAAGCACUUGCAUUCUCCUGUCUCUGAUCUCUUCAAAUCAUCCUUCAAAAUGAGCAAGAUCAUUGUUUAUACCAAAGAAGGCUUUCAGGGCAGAACAGCUGAAUUCAAAAACAAUGUCCACGACUUGGAGGAAAAGGGUUUCAACAAAGUCAUCUCAUCUCUGAAAGUCAUCGGCGCUCCAUGGGUAGCAUAUUAUGGCAAGUGUUUUGUUGGAAAGCAGCGGGUGUUCGAGGAGGGAGAGUACCCUGUCCUUGAGGACAAAGCAAUGUUCUCUUCUCUCAAGGUAGUCACAGCUGACCUGGGCAACCCUGAAAUCCAGCUGUUUGAACAUGUGAAUUAUGGCGGAAGGGAUGUGACCCUAUAUCAAGAAACCAAUCUUCACAACAUCAAUUUCAGUGACAUAGCUUCUUCCCACAAAGUGAAAGGUGGUGUCUGGGUACUCUAUGAGUACAUCAAUCGUCAGGGUCGCCAGCUUGUUUCUUUUCCUGGGGAGGAAAUUUCCAGCUAUCUUCCAAUCUCCUUCAAUGACAUUGCCAGCCAUGUGCGUCCCCUGCUGCCUAAGCCGUAGACAGCAUCAUUCAAAGCAGGCUUUCUCCAGCUAAAUGUGAACUGAAACCCUUUUGGAAAGAAUGAGGCAGGUGGUGGGGAACGACUGAUCCUGACAACAAACAAUGACUGUGACAGCGACGCUGUAAUACAUCUGAAGAAACAUCAUCUAAUCAGAGACCUUAUCACUUAAGGAUAAAUGUGUAAAAACAUUAGUUCACCUGAUAAUCUUUAUAAAGUUGACGGUUGUUUUGGCUUUUCAUCUUUAGUGAUCAGUGGCAGUAAACAUGCUGCAGAAUUGUUAUGCAUCUACCAAAGAUCCGGUUGUAUUUGAAUGUAUUUCCCCGUUAGAAUGGAGUAAAUAUUGAAAGGGUUUCUGAAUUCAUAUUAUGAGCAAGAGACACAAUGAAUGUUGUAUUAAUUUGUCAAAAUAAAG